AACCGCGCGUGCGUGGGGAGUUAGUAUAUGGUAAAUUGUAUUUAAACAGGAUACAAGGACACCUAUACGAAGCCGCUGUGCUGCUAAAGCUAACCUUAGCUAGCUUUGAGGCAUUUCUCUACCAACGCAGAAUCCGCUGACUCUACAAUCAAAGUCUUUCGAAAUGAGUGCAGCUGCCUCCCAAAAAGUUGUCCUGAAAAGCACCACCAAAGUGUCCCUAAAUGAGCGCUUCACUAAUAUGCUGAAGAACAAGCAACCCACUGCGGUAAGCAUUCGAGCCACCAUGCAACAACAGCAUUUGGCUAGUGCCCGCAAUCGUCGGCUGGCCCAGCAGAUGGAGAACCGGCCUUCGGUGCAAGCUGCUCUGAAUCACAAGCAGAGCCUAAAGCAGCGACUGGGGAAGAGCAACAUCCAAGCCCGGCUGGGUCGGCCUGUUGGGGCGCUGAUGCGUGGAGGACUUCCUGGAGGCAGAGGAGGAAUGCGCGGGAUGAACAGAGGAGGUCUUCGGGGACGAGGCAGAGGAGGUGUAAUGAGGGGAGCGCUGUCUCUGAGAGGGAAGCGAGUUUCAACAGGUGGGCCCAUGCGAGGCCGUGGCUCUGCCGGUCGUAUGGCAAUGCGUAGAGGAGGCCGCCAACGUGGUGCAGGUGUUGGAAGAGGAGGAGCUCUGUCCCGAGGAGCAGCUCGAGGAGUACCCAGAGGUCGCGGGGGGCUGCGUGGACGUGGUGGUUUUGCUGGGCGACGUGGACGUGGCCGAGGUGUCGGUAGACCGGCUGUUACCCGCGAACAGCUGGACAACCAGCUGGAUGCCUACAUGUCAAAGACUAAGGGACAUUUGGACGCAGAACUGGAUGCCUACAUGGCCCAGGCAGACCCCGACUCCAUGGAGUAAAGGACUGUGGACUGAGCACACAGAGGCGCUGAAGUCGGAUGAACAGUGUAGUGUUGAUGUGCUGAGAAAUGAUUGUUAAUUUAGCUGAAAGUGAUGACACUUUAGGUGGCACCCAGUAGCGGUCUAAACAAUAUUGUGUGGGUCACUGCUCGGUUGUGCAUCGACCUGCUCGUUCAGAGCCCUUUUAAUUCUGGAGGGACUUCUUAUGCAUUAACAAACCCUGCUGUUUCUAGACUUCUGUGUCCAAGACGGGUUUUUUCCGUUUUCAUUUUUUUAUUUAUUUUUUUUUUUCUCCAAAGGGACAAACUGUCAAAAUUAUACAUUUGUUGAAAGCAGUUUUUAAAUGUGAUUUUCUUUUAAACAUUUGCCUUCUCGAAUCGUGGGAAUUCAGAAGUUUUAAGCAUCACUUUGUUUGCCAUUUGCUUAAAGUGAAAUGUUUUAGGUGAAAUUUGAAUUAAAGUGGAAACUAUUUCCUUAAUCGUGUCAAAUUUCUGAGUUUUAAAUAUGCAUACACAUCCAGCCUCCAUCCAAGAGCUGGCUGUGUUUGAAUGGUGUUUUUGUAUGGGGGGGGGGGGGUGGCGGGGGUGUUGAUGCGUUCACUUCUGCUGUUUUCACAAAGUAACUUUGAGGAUGCCAUGUUCAUUUUGGGCCGAAGAUGGCUUUGUUGCACCAACAGAAUAUACUUCUCAUGAGUCUGUAGAGUAUCUAAUGAAGUCAGAGGACUUGGUGCCACAAAAAAAAUAAACAACUUUUGGCAAAA